AUGAACCACACCCUCCCGCUCUCUACGCGGGCAGAGACCACGGCGCUCAAACAGCCCAAGGAGCUUUUCAGCUACUCGCGCAACGCCGACGGCGGGUGGCAGACGGACGACAAGGAGGCCAAGCUGCAGGGCCUCAACUACUUCUACUUCCCCGACGCGUACGUGGACAAGAACAUCAGCCUCCAGGCCGGGCUCGGCUCGUUCAAGAAGAUCCCCGACGCGCAGAACACCGCGGACUUCCCGCUGCUUUUGCGGUGCUUGCAGCAGCACGAACAGACCUCCGGCAAGAAGGUGCGGGCCGACAUCAUCAGCUUCCGCGGCGUGAUGACCAGGCUCCUCACGUUGCCCUACGACUUGAACAGCGAGAUCCACUUGCACGUGCUCGCGUACGACGGGCAGAUUUUCCUCAAGAACGACGACGAGCUCGACUUGAAGAAACGGGCCGCGGAGCAGCAGCGCCUCGGCGCCGACGCGGCCAAGGAGAAACACUUGCGCACCUGCGAGUACGGCGGCUACAAGUUCGAGGCCGUGGCCACGCUUCCGCGGCCCUGGGCGCACACGCCGCGCGCGGCCAUCGAGAAGCGGCACAAGAAAGUGGUCAGCAACUACGAGCAGUACAUCAGCGUGGUGCGCACGGGCGUGGGCAGAGUCAAGACGCUCUUGGCCGGCGAGGUCGACUGUGUGUGGGACUACCUCCCGGACAACGCGGCGGACGUGCUUGCGCAUUACGCGGAGUUGAAGACCAGCCGCGUGGUCGAGACGCCGCAGCAGGCGGCGCAGUUCGAGAAGAAGCUCUUCCGCACGUGGGCCCAGUGCUUCCUCUUGGGCGUUCCCCGCAUGGUCUACGGGUUCCGCGACGACAACUACGUGUUGCGCGACGUGGAGGUGUACCGCACCGAGGAGGUGCCGCUCAUGAUCAAGGACAGCGCGGUGGCCGGGCGCAGCGGCGCGCCGCUUUUGUGCACCAACGCGUUGCGCUGGUACGGCGCGGUGUUGGACUGGCUCGUGCAGACCGUCGACGUGGCGGACGAGCGCAGCGCGUACAAGCUCGACUACGACCCGGGCUCGCGCUCGUUCAUGUUGAGCGAGUGCGUGGGCGACGAGAACCGGCGCUUGCGCCACGGCGGCAUCUUGACGCCCGAGUUCACGGCCUGGCGCGAGACGCUCCGGGGCCGAUAG